AUGCGCAGAUCCUCCGGCAGGUCACACGAGUUUAUUUUCAGCGUGUGUGUGUUUUUUUUUUCCUCCUCGCAGACGACACGGGUCGUGAUGGUGUGAACGGACCGUGAGAACAAUGUUUUUCCUGGACUCGAGCGGAAACGUCUCCGGAGAACCGAGGUCUGGAAUUUAGUGGGGUGACAUGUGAAAUGUUGCUGCGUGGUCUGUCGGUUUUUCCAGGCGGCGACGGACAAACCAAGCCAGGCUAGUGUAGCUCACCAGCUAGCCAGCUAGCUCACUAGCUAGCAGCUCGGCUAGCUCUCGUGAGCCUCCCCGGCCGGCUGAGCGUGUUGUGGUGCAGUGUCAGUGUCGACGCAGAGGUUUCACUCUGCGUGUAGUUCGGCCCUGACAUCGUCCGCAGCCAAGUGUCCCACCCGGCUCGCCGGUUCAAGUGCACGCAGACACGGGGCGGCGGAGCUACUUAGCUAAUGCUAGCUACUUCUGAGCGCUGCAGACUCGCUUAACGCUAACGACAUAUACAACCGUCAGUUACUCAGUUGGACUCCCCGGUGCGAUCGUAUUCACCCAGGCCGUUGACACGGUGCUGACAUGCUGCGCUGACACGUACUGUCCGUUCUCUUUGAGCACACGUCGCACUACCCCCCCCCCCCCCCCCACACACACACACACACACACACACACGCACGCGCCACAUUGUUUGGGCUGACAUGGCAGCCAGCGGAUACUCUGACCUGCGGGACAAGCUGAAGUCCAUGACUCCACACAGAGACGAGCACAAGAACAAGUUCGCGGACGGGACCAGUAACGGCGGCGCCAAGGCUCCGAAGCGCAAGUACCGGGAGUCCGACGACGAGUGCGCGCACAGCGAUGACAGCGCGGAGCUCCGGGAGCAGGAGGCCCGCCGGGUGAGCGGCAGCAUCCUGCAGCAGAGCGUCUUCACGGCGGAGGAGUGCGCCCUCAUCGAGGAGAAGAUCGACGACGUGGUCGCCAAGGGGGAGGCGGGGCUCUACCGGGAGCACACCGUGGACAGGGCGCCCCUCCGCAACAAGUACUUCUUCGGGGAGGGCUACACGUACGGGGCCCAGCUGGAGAAGCGUGGCCCGGGCCAGGAGAGGCUGUACCGCAAGGGCGAGGUGGACGACAUCCCCGGCUGGGUGCACGACCUGGUGAUCAAGCGGCUGGUGUCCACCGGGGUGAUCCCGGAGGGCUUCGUCAACAGUGCAGUCAUCAACGACUACCAGCCCGGAGGGUGCAUCGUGUCCCACGUCGACCCCCUGCACAUCUUCGCGCGACCCAUCGUCUCGGUGUCCUUCUUCAGUGACAGCGCGCUCUGCUUCGGCUGCCGCUUCCAGUUCAAGCCGAUCCGGGUGUCGGAGCCGGUGUUCGUCCUGCCCGUGAAGCGAGGCAGUGUCACGGUGCUCAGUGGCUACGCUGCAGAUGACAUCACCCAUUGCAUUCGGCCCCAAGACAUCAAGGAACGCCGGGCGGUCAUCAUCCUGAGAAAGACCAGGCCUGAUGCUCCUCGCUUGGACUCCGACAGCCCUUUAAGCUCGUCCCUGGCAGUGAGACCCGCUCCUCUGAAGGCCAAGCGCUCUCAUCGCAGAGCAGACCCUGAUGCUGCACACAGGCCGAGGGUCCUGGAGAUGGACAAAGAGGAGAACAGACGUCCGUCGCUCUCCCGCCACCACCGUCACAGCGGCAGCUCAGAGAACUACUGGAGACGCGAUCAGGACCACGACAAACACCGGGAGGGCUCAGGACGCAAAGUCAAAAUGAGACGUCACUGAGCACCUCUCACUCACAUAUGUACACACACACACACAUAUAUAUAUAUAUAUAUAUAUAUAUAUACACAUAUAUAUAUUAGUUAUUUUGUGUAUUUUACUCUUGUAACUUUAUUUGAUCAGUCAUCGUUUUUCUCGCUCCAGUUUUAGUCUGGCACAAGGAGCAAAAUCAUCAUUACUGUCGGCAUUUUGAUUUGAGUCUGGAUCAGUUUGAGUGUAUAUUUGUUUCCCUCGCAGACGAAGCUGGCGUCUCUGCUGCACAUUAUAGAACCUUGAGUUACUUACUAUAUUUAGGCUUCGUUGUUAAACAAUUACCUUAAAUUAAACUCUUAAUUUUUUCUUUCUGUUUCUAUGUUCAUAGAUACAAAAUGGCAUGUAUUUUUUUGUAACCAAGAUGUACAGACCAUAAGAGCUAAAAGGAAAGGUGUACGUAUGGACUUGUACAAAUGAAACGCUGAGCUGUAAUCUAACUUGUUAUGAUGUACAAUACAUUUGUAUAGUCUUUGAUUGGGGGAACUUUUAUGCAGAAUGAAAUGUUUUGUUUUUGUUUUGUUUUUCUAAUGUUGCACCUACAUGUCUGAUCUAUACUUUAACUGUGCCAUCCCAGAGCCUUCCUCUGUUAGCUUUUCCGUUGCAGUAACUGGCAGGUUUCCCAUCAUACUUUCUGUAUAAUUAUUAUUAUUUGACUCUGCUGUGUGGCUCCUCCUCACUAAACGUCACCAUACGGUAUAUGAACUAAACUGAUGCUUUUUGAAGUGAUGAAAUACUCAGGCCUUGUUUUUCACCCUCAUUUCAGUCUGAAGUUGCAAUACCUUUAUCUUGUGACUGAUGCCAUGUUAUUGCUUUUCUCUAUUAAAUCCAAUAUUUUUUCCUCAUUCAAGUCGGGUGAUAUCUGAGCAAAGACAACCUUAUGAUGUCUUGUUUGACUUGAGUCUAAAACUCUUUGCUACUAAGAAACUGAAUUUUUCUCAGAUGUUAUUUGUCCUGAUUGCUUUAUAAACAAAUACGUCUGUUUCCUGCUCCAAGUCAGCCAUAUUUGGCAGAGGUUCUCGUUAAGUUAGUCUGGACGUGAGUACACGUGAAUAAAAAUAACCUGUCCAGAGGAGCAACUACUUUCUAAAAACAGAUUGGGUGGCGUUCAUGGUUUUCCCUGAAGCUCUGCUACAGUUGUGAACUCGGAUCUGCAAGAGGAUAAAUCCUGGAGCUCUGCCGACAGUCGAUGGGCACGAACUUUGUCGGGCUGUGGUUUUAAUGGGUUCCAGGGGUCAUAUAUUUUUUUUGAAUGAAAUUGUGCUGGCUUUAUAGAAUAAAGCAGAAAUUGUCUCCA